UAUGCGCCACCGUGAUUCGAAUAAAAAAUGCGACUGAUAAUUUCAUGUUGUAAAAUUCAUCUCGAAUUUUUUUUAUAUGGCGAAUUUGUUAAAAUCGAAAUGUUUAACUGAAAUAUGAUCACUUUGAAAUAACUGUGUGAAUUUUACAACAUAAAAUUUUCAGUGGCAUUGUUAAUUCAAAUCCUGGUGGCGCACAUUUACAUAUAUAAAAAUGUCCUAUAUUCCACGUUAGCGUGUUUUUGAGUCUCCCAAAGUUUUUGGUCUAAUCCAAUUAGAAGGCAGCAGCCUGUCACUUUGUCCGACGUCACUUCCGCCCAAAAGUCCUUUGCUAGAGUUGGACCAAGAUGGCGUCAACGCAGUUAACGGACGAGGAGCUUUACUCCGAAUUGAAGCGCCUGGGUUUCACUCCGGGUCCGGUUACGGAACUCACUCGUCCGGUAUAUUUGAAGAAGCUGAAAAAGCUCCGCGACGAGAACCAGCGAGGGGUCCGAGCCGCUAAGAGCCGCAGCGUUGCGGCCGUCAAUAGCGGCGGCGGCAACACGGCGGGAGCCAGGCCAGCCAGCCCAGCCAGCCAUAACGUCACGCACCUGAGCUCCAGCAGGAGACCGGGCCGGAAGUCCACCGUCCUCGGCUUCAGCUCGGACGAGUCCGACGCUGAAGCUCCGCCGAAAAGGAAGGCUCUCAACCACAGCGACGGGGCGCCACGGAGGAGCCCCGCUCUGAAGAUAAGGCUCGAUAGAGAGAAAAGUCGACAUGGCGCGGGGAGUCCACUGAACAGCAACAACUCAACGUUGGCUCCGGGGGCGAACCGACGUGUUUCCUCGGGCUGGGAGCCCGGCGUUAAAUCGCGUCUCGAAGCGGAUGGAAGGGAUUACGACGACUCGGAGGAGGAAUUUGACGGGGCCGAUGAGAAGUCGACGCGGUCUUUAAAUGGCAGUCGGGCGUCAUACUUAAAUACGCGCAAGCUAGCCGGGAACUACUCCGACGAGGACGAAGAGGUUUGGGGCCUUGGUGGAACCCGACAGCGGGGUCGUCUGGAGCCCAGACGGGACCACGCGAAGGAAGCGUUCUUAGCGCCAAGCCCACCCGGGAGUCUGAACAUGGUGGGCAGACGGAACGAGGAGGAAGAGGAAGACGACACGAAGAGAAGCUUUCCGAGGAAGACCAUCUACGUGUCGCUUUCGGAGAACCACCGAGAAGACGCGGAGAAGAACAACCACGCCGUCGGCGAAGACGCCGGUCGCUUCAGCAUCGGGCUGAGACCGCGAUUUUCCAACUACAGCAGCCUCGCCCACACAUACAGGGGCAACCACUCCAACCACACCGCCCCCAACCACUCGUACAGCCAGCCCCUGCAGGAGAAGCUGUCCGCCGCCCCGGAGGAUCAGGAUGAGCUUUUCCAGCAGUUCAAAAGGGAAGAGGUGGCCACCUCGAGCAGUUUCAGUGCCCACUACCUGUCCAUGUUUCUGCUGACGGCGGCCUGCCUCUUCUUCCUCGUCCUGGGUCUCAUGUACCUCAGGAUGAGGGGCACUGGCUCAUCAGAGGUAGAUGUAGUCAUUAAGAGUCACCCGUUUGGCAGAGAGUUUGACACCGCGCACGACAAGACCGUGAGGGACCUCAUCUUGAGGCUGCUGCUCAAUCUACACGACCAUCUGGCGCACAUUGCUGGUCAGCACGACUGUGGCGACCAACGUUACCCAAACAGAAGUCUGUCCAUCGACGAGGCCUCUCAGUAUUUGACGGCUCAGAAUGAGGAGUUUGGAGACUUAAUUUUCACAUCACUUGAGUGGAUCAUCCGGACUGGUCAAGAUGUUGGGAUAAGGCUGACUGGGGAGGUAGCCGACGAGCCCACGACUGACAUAUCGGAGAUCGCUCGGCUGGAGUCCACGCAUCCAAGGAUGACCUUCACGUGCCGCUUCCGCCGAGCUUUCCUCACCGUCAUCAGCAGAGUCUCCCUGUUUGCAGCCGUGGUUGGUGGCGUGUGGGGUCUGCUGUGCUACAUCAAGUAUCGCUGGAGGAGAGAGGAGGAGGAAACCAGGCAGAUGUAUCACAUGGUGGAGAGAAUUAUCGAUGUCCUUCGGGGCCACAACGAGGCUUGUCAAGAGAACCACGAUCUUCAGCCCUACUUGCCAAUACCCCACGUCAGAGAUUCCCUGGUUCAGCCUCAGGACCGGAAGAAAAUGCAACGAAUCUGGGAGCGCGCUGUGAAAUUUCUGUCAGCCAACGAUUCCAGAAUUCGAACGGAAAGCCAGACAAUCGGUGGAUCGGACUUCCUUGUCUGGAAGUGGAUCCAGCCGUCUCUCAGUUGCGACAAGGCCUCGUCCAUCCCCUCCAAAGUGUGGCAAGGCAAAGCUUUCCCUCUCGACCGACGGAAUUCCCCACCAAACAGCCUGACUCCGUGCUUGAAGAUCCGGAACAUGUUCGACCCAGUCAUGGAGGUCGGGGAGAACUGGGACCUCGCCAUCCACGAGGCCAUUCUGGAGAAGUGCAACGACAACAACGGCAUUGUCCACAUUGCCGUCGACAAGAACUCUCGAGAGGGCUGUGUCUAUGUGAAGUGCCUCUCUGCAGAGCACUCAGGGAAAGCCUUCAAGGCGCUACAUGGCUCCUGGUUUGAUGGCAAGCUGGUGACGGUGAAAUACCUGCAUUUGGACCGGUACCACCAGCGCUUCCCUCAGGCUCAGGCCUGCAGCACACCCCUGAAGGCUUCCAGCCUCCACAGAAACGCCACGAACACUACAGCCAGCUCGCACACCCGCGGCUCGGCCAACUCCUCAGGCUUCUCAUAAGUUUUUCCUCCUUCGGUCCUUUCUAACAGAGACGACUUAACCUUUUUUUUUUUUUUUUUUUUUUUUUUUAAAAAAACAUUUCUAUACCGUAUUACUUAUUUUGCCAGAGUCUUUUCCAGUGUUGGUUUUUUACAGUCUUUGUAUCAAAAAAUGUCACAGACGGAGCAAUUUCCUCUGGGUCUGUCUAAACGUGCGCGCAAAGACUCCAAUCCCGCGUCUCUUCCACAAUCGGCGGAGUUCACUGCGGCCGAGUAUGGACGCACGGCCGCCGGGCGUAUCGGCCUACGCCUCCGUGUCGGCGUCCAUACGGCAGCGUUGACUUCCCGUUAUUCCCGACGAACAAUGUCAUUAGCGCGAGGAGACACAAGCGGACUCGGAAGAGGACAAUGCUGUAAAUACAUGGGAAUGACUGCACAAGCUUUAUUGAAUAAUCAACAUUAAGAGCAAACUACAUGCCCCCCCCAAACACACACUUUUAGUUUUUCUUUUGUCCCCCCCUUCGCCCACACCCAUAUUUCUGCCUCCGUUCUCCUCAGUAACCCGCAGUGCUCCUGACAUAGAAUCAGGGAGCGUCGUCUUGUACAUUUGCCUGAAGCUUGCUUCAGUUGUAAUCCACUAUUUUAUGUUAUGAUUUACGUGUAUAUUAACUGUCAAGUCUGGCCCUAUUCUCUCAUGUUACCAAAUGAAAUUUUUUCUAAUUUUUUUUACGUCCACCAUCUCCUACCCCCCUUUUUAAACUGAUGCCACCGUGACCUUUUGGAGCACUCUAAAUCUGUCGAUAGUUUGUAAUAUCGUAAGAUAAAUUAAGAGACAUACCUGCUAUGUUUUUUCAAUUUUUUUUUUUCAAUCCAGCACCUCUAUCAAUACUCAGAUGCACCUAAUUCAUGUUUUUAAAUGCAGUGUAUUGAAAGUCCCAUUCAGUAUUUGCAGUGUAUAGUUUGUGUAUGAAUGACGCACAUUGACCGAUGUUCACAAAUCUGGUGCAAAUUUUGCAGCAGAUGUCCCAACUGUGCCUUAAAUGUUUAUUCUUUUUUGUUGUUGUUGAUUUUUGCUGGUGUCGUUUUUUUUUUUGUUUGUUUGUUUUUAAACUGGGCACUGCAUCGCUGUGGGGAAAUAUACUAAGUUUGAAAUGUUGAAACAGGUUUAACGGGGAUGAGGAAAGCCUGCCAUAGAUGUAGUUUUGGUAGAUUUUGACAUCCUGAUAUUUGGUAUUUUGUAGCAGUUUCCUCUGAUUUAUUAAACCAAAUGCUCCUCUAUUUAUUAUUUUUUAAAAAUCAGCCAUGGUGAUGUACUAUUUAAUGUCACUAGAACUGUUUUAUGCGUCAGCUUUUUCUUUCCAUCAUGAACUGACUUUACGUCCGCCGCCAGACUUUUGUUAGGAUGUGUAAAACAAAAUAAAGAAUACUUUCAGUAAUAAAGACAA